AUGUCGUCGUCGUGUAGGCAGGCCGUCCGGCCGCUGCGGCGAUGCCUGAACAGCGCCACAACGACGACUUUGCCGAUACGGAGGGGCAUCUCCACGACACCGGCUCCGGCCGCCCAAGUAUACAAGGUGGUGCGCGAAAGACCCGAGACGGCCGACCCCCUCGAGCUGGAUCCCAACACGGCGGUGGCCCCCUGGGCCGAGAAGGACCUGUGGAAGGCCGGCACACCACCCGUCGGUUCGCGACGUCGCCGUUACGCCAUCCGCACGAGCCAGAACCUCCCCUUCGAGCAAUUGCCCUACCAGGCUUUCCAGGAGGCGCGCAAGAUUCUGGCGGCGGACCGUGAAGAGAAGUUGGCUGCUAUUGUUGCUGAGUCGGCCAAGAUCAAGAGGCUGGAGGCCAUGGACCCGAAGGAUGUCAGGGGUGGGGAGCGGAUGCGCCAGAUGAAGCUGAGCAGUCUGCGCAAGCACGUUGAGAAGCUCAAGAUUCUGGCGGAUAUAAACGACCCGGCAGUGAAGAGGCGGUUCGAAGAUGGUCUUGGCGACAUGAGCAAGCCCAUCUACCGCCACCUUGCCGAGCGCAAGUGGCGCGGCUACGAGUCCAAGCUGACUGAGCAGCGUAUCGAGCAGUUCAACAUCGUCCCCGACAUUCUCCCCAAGCUCACCCCCUCCUACGACGUCCAGCUCUGGUUCCGCCGCUCAAAGGUGCCCCCGGGCAAGAUCCUCCCCAGCAACGUCACCGAGGUGGCCCCCAAGCUGCGGGUGACCCCUUUCACCGCCGGCGAGCGCCUCGUGUCCAUCGUCAUCAUGGACUCCGACGUCCCCAACGUCGAGACGGACGGCUUCAGCAAGCGCGUUCACUACAUCGCCGCCAACGUCCCCGUCUCCCCUACCAACACCUCCAUCCCGCUCUCCAAGCUGCGCGACCCCUCCCAGCUCGCCGUCCCCUACCUGCCCGCCUUCGCGCAGAAGGGCAGCCCGUACCACCGCCUCUCCAUCUUCAUUCUCGAGCAGGGCGACAAGCGUCUCGACACGGCCGAGCUGGCGAAGCUCUACUCCGGCCGCGACGGCUUCUCCCUCAAGUCCUUCCGCGACAAGUUCCGUCUGAAUCCCGUGGGUUUCAACAUCUUCCGCACAAUCUGGGACGAGAACACGGCCGGCGUCAUGGAGCGCGCGGGCGUCCCGGGAGCGGACAUCGAGUUCCGCCCCACGCGCGUCUACUCGCUCAAGGAGCCCAAGAAGGCCCGCGGUUGGGAAGCCAAGCGCCAGGGUCCCAAGUACAAGCACCUGUGGAAGUAUACCAAGCGUAUCAAGGGAUACUCCAACGCCAAGGGUCUCAUCAGGAAGAAAUGA